AUGAAGUCUCUCUUGUUAGGCUCGGUUCUGUUGCUGGCGUCUCUCAUCCAGGCACACCCAGGACCACAUGCCCAGCCCGAUCCUAUUCACUUGGCGCGCCGUGGUGCACUGGCGAAAAGAUGCUCCGACACGGUCGGCCUCAUGAAGAGGAAUCGGCAUGCGAUGCGCCGACGGGCAUUGUCACCAUCCGAGGACGAUGGCAGCGGCACCACCACGUACACCAUCACGGCUGAUGCACCAACAUAUGAUUUCUUGAAGAAUGACACCUGUAUCUUAACUCCGGAGGUUAGCACGGGCCCCUACGUAUACCCACGGAGUCAGACACUGCGUCAGGAUAUUGUGGAAGAACAGGUCGGGGUGCCCUUCGUUAUGGAUAUCGGCCUCAUGGACAUUCAUACCUGCGAGCCCUUGUCCAAUGCUUUGGUCGAUAUUUGGCACUGCAAUGCUAGUGGGUCAUACAGUUCUUUCACCGGCUUAGAUCCAAAUAUACCGUUCCAGGACCAGUACUUUGACAGCACUGGUGAACCAAUCGGCGACAGAGAUGGUGGUCAAGGUGAUGUUUCGUUCCUAGCAACGGACAAUACAACCUGGCUACGAGGCAUGUGGCCGACCGAUGACAACGGUGUAACCAGCUUUACUUCUAUAUUUCCCGGAUUUUAUACCAACCGCGCUAUUCAUGUGCAUGUGCAAGUCCACACUAACUGGACUAUCGCCAGUAACGGCACCAUUCAGGGAGGCCGAACUGUAAAUACGGCACAAUUGUUUUUCAACGAGGAUUUAGCUACCAAAGUCAUGGCAGUGCCGCCGUAUUCCUAUCACACCCAGAUUCCACGGAGACCAAUAUCGGAAGACGGUGUCUGGUACGAGGAAUCAUUGACUGGGGCCAUGACUAUCAUGGACACAGAGCCUUUGGAUGGUCAGGAUUAUGCGAACGGGGUUUUGGGAUAUAUUACCUUGGGUGUGGAUACUACUGCAAUCCAUGAUGGCACCACCGAACCCCCGAAUCCCUCUAUCCCGACCACUGCAGGUGCGUAG